CGCCUAGGAGAACUCGUCUCGUAUCGAUGAGCGUGGUCGAGCAGAUGAGUAAGCGAUCGAAGCCUCAUGUCGCGCAACAAGUCAAGUUACUCGAGGAGCUUCCAACUUUGAUUGGAGGAGGAAAGUAAUCAAGCAAUCGAAGUUGGGCAGGUCAAAGCAGUCUAGCUCUGUGCAUCGGAUUCUCCCCGUUCUUCAGGCGCGUCUUGCUCAAAUCCGCAUAGGUCGACAAGAACUGCGCAUGACUGAACACGCUCGAUUUUCGCUCCCCGACAGGCAGCCCGCUGGCCGAAGUGACUCCAUCCACCGGUCUGCGACGAUUGCUGGGGUGAUACGACGAGAAGAAAUCAGAGCCGGCCGACAGCGGGCCAGCAUUCCCACUCAGCGGCGUGGAUCGCGGUUCGGGCAGACCGCGGCCUGUGACCGGCUCGGCGAGGAUGUGCUCGUACAUGUCCCGCAGCCGCUCGAAGUGGGUGGGGAAGAAGAUGUCGAAAUAGCCGGGCGCGACGAG